AUGCCAGGCAAUAUUAAAGAAGCCUUCUUAAAAUUAGAUCAUUUUUAUUUUUCUUAUGAAAAAGAUAACAUUAAUUAUAUAUUUCUAUUUACUUAUGAAUAUAAUAUUAAUGUACCAACCUUAAUACUUAGAUUUAUGAUGGUUAAAAUAUAUGGUUAUUAUAGAUUUUUCAAAAACAUAUAGAACAAAGGAAAUCUAAAAGAGAAAUUAAAAGAAAAAUCAAUUCUUUUAUAGAUAUGAUCUAAUAAACAUUAGAAAAUAAUUAUUAAUAAUAAAUAGUAGAUACUUUAAUUCUAAAGAUCUUAUUUAAAUUCUAAUUGACUCAUAGAGUUUUUAUUAAAAAUGUGUUAAAUCUAGGUGAAGAUCUAAUCAUCUAAAAUGAAGAUUUAUUCAGUUUCAAAAGAUUUUACUUUAGAUUUAUAUGA